ACAAAUUCGAAUUUAAUCUCAAGUCUUAAUGCAAAUUAAUAAUCAAAGGUUAUCUACUUAUCUUAAGUCUUUUAGUAAUAUAGUUAUCAUUUAAUUUUAAUUAAGAAGGAAAAAAUUAAGGAGAGUGGCGGUGUAACAAAACGCAGAAAUCCAAGCUGGGGAAAAAAAGAUUGAAUUUAGUAUCUUUUACACAUGCCGGUUGAUUUAGAUAAUUCGUCUACAGUUUCCGGCGAUGCAAGCGUCUCAUCGACCGGAAACCAAAAUCAGACUCCCAAAUCCGUCGGGAAGAAGAAACGGAAUCUUCCCGGAAUGCCUGAUCCAGACGCGGAAGUGAUAGCUUUGUCACCUAAAACACUUAUGGCAACGAAUCGAUUCGUUUGCGAAAUCUGUAACAAAGGUUUUCAACGUGACCAGAAUCUUCAGCUUCAUCGUCGUGGUCACAAUCUUCCGUGGAAACUUAGACAGAGAUCGAGUAAAGAAGUGAGGAAGAAGGUUUAUGUUUGUCCUGUUUCUGGCUGUGUCCAUCAUGACCCGUCACGUGCUCUUGGAGAUCUUACUGGAAUCAAGAAACACUUUUGUCGGAAACACGGUGAGAAGAAAUUCAAGUGUGAGAAAUGUUCUAAGAAGUAUGCUGUUCAAUCAGAUUGGAAAGCUCAUGCGAAGAUUUGUGGCACUAAGGAGUAUAAAUGCGAUUGUGGAACUCUGUUUUCUAGGAGAGAUAGCUUUAUAACGCAUAGAGCUUUCUGUGAUGCGUUGGCUGAAGAGAGUGCGAAGAAUCAUACUCAAAGCAAGAAACUUUAUCCAGAAAAUGUCAAAAGGAAGAAUCCUGAAUUUGAGCAUAAAUCUCCACCCGUUGUUGAAUCUUCUCCGUCGCUACCGCCUUCUUCUCCGCCAUCGGUUGCUUUAGCUCCGGCACCGGCUAUUUCGGUUGAGUCUGAGCCAGUCAAAAUUAUAUCUUCCUCGGUUUUGCCGAUUCAGAAUUCUCCAGAAUCUCCAGACAACAACAAUCACCCUGAUGUCAUAAUCGAGGAAGCUUCAAGAACGAUCGGUUUCAAUGUUAGCUCAUCCGAUCUAAGCAACGAUCACAGUAAAUACGCAGGCUUGUUUGUAUCAUCAACAGCUUCGCCUAGUUUAUAUGCUUCCUCAACCGCUUCUCCAAGUCUAUUCGCACCAUCUUCCUCCUUGGAACCCAUCUCUCUCCGUCUCUCGACGAAUCCUUCUUUGUUCGGACCAACAAUACAAGAUCCGCCUCAUUUCCUAACUCCUCUUCCUCCUCAACCAGCAAUGUCAGCUACCGCAUUGCUCCAGAAAGCUGCCCAAAUGGGUUCCACGGGAUCAGGAGGUUCGUUGCUUCGCGGGUUAGGCAUAGUUUCAACUACUUCUUCAUCAAUGGAACUCAGCAAUCACGAUGCGUUGUCAUUAGCUCCUGGUCUUGGACUUGGACUACCGUGUAGCAGCGGUGGUAGCGGAUCGGGUCUAAAAGAGCUCAUGAUGGGGAAUUCGUCGGUGUUUGGUCCGAAACAGACGACACUCGACUUUCUCGGAUUAGGAAGAGCUGUUGGUAAUGGCGGUAAUACCGGAGGCGGAUUGUCUGCUCUGUUAACUUCUAUAGGCGGUGGCGGUGGAAUAGAUCUGUUUGGAUCUGGGGAGUUUUCAGGGAAAGACAUUGGUAGAAGUUCGUAAGAGAGACAAAGGCAUGAACGUAGUAGAACAGUGUAGUAUAUAGUUUUUUAUCAAGUUUGUAUCAGGUUGUAGAUCUUUUGGUAUCUUGUUUUAGUGAAAGCUUUAGUUUUAUUCCCAAUGUGGGUUUUCUCUCAAGUACAUAAAUCUCCCAGCAACAA